GAUUAUCAGAACACGUCAUUUUUCCAAAAACGUCCAAUAUAAAUGAUGACAACAUAUAUGGUCGGUUCAUUCGGUUGCAUCAUUCGGUUUAUCGCUGAAAAGAAACAAAACAUGGUAUAGACCCUCGUGACAAGCUUAAUCACGCGUGUUAUCAUUUCCGCUUUUGAAAGAGAGCCUGCUCGUCGCAGCAUCCCCUCACGAGGAUAAUUAUAAAUCUGGGUUACUCGAUAUCGUGGACACAUGACUGACAAGACUCGCAAUCGUGACGUCACAAUCGUCUUAUCUCACUCUGUGCAAGCUGUGCAAAACGAUACGAAAGAUCAUCGCGCUGGAAUUCAACGAACGAACGAACUCGAUAAACAGCGAAUGCGAUGCGUAGCUAAUAUACAUGUAUAUAUUAUGUAUGUGCAUACAACAUCGAAACGUCGUCAGACGACGCCAAUGGACUCCAUUGUCGUUGAAUCACGUGGCCUUUGGUGAUGGAAAGUAAUAUUAGGGAGAGGGAGGAAUACAAAAGAACGACGCUGUUAGUCGGAAACGAUUGUGAUUGUCGCAUUACGUCCGUGGUAGACUUAGCUAGCAAGGAAUAAAGAGAGCUCGUAAGUGUAAAUACGUGUGAUUUAAUUGAGGAAUAAACAUGAAGAGUGUGGUGGUCUUGUUGUUACUGGCAGUUUUUACCACGGGACAAGCUAUUUCCUUCAACAAGAUUUUGGAUGCAGAAUGGUUCAUUUUUAAGACACAUCAUAAAAAAAUCUAUAAAUCUUCGGUUGAGGAGGGAUAUAGAAUGAAAAUCUUCUUGGAUAACAAGCGUAAAAUUGCUGAACACAAUCGCAAAUAUGAGCUGAAUGAAGUUCCCUACAAAUUGGGAAUGAACAAAUACGGUGACAUGUUGCAUCAUGAAUUUGUCAAUACUUUGAAUGGUUUCAAUAAGUCAGAAAAGGCUCAAAAGCAAUUUAUGGGAGCAACAUUUAUCUCGCCAGCUAAUGUCGAAUUACCAAAAGAAGUUGAUUGGAGGAAACAUGGUGCUGUUACAGAAGUUAAGGAUCAAGGACAUUGUGGCUCUUGUUGGGCAUUCUCUACUACUGGCUCUUUAGAAGGACAGCAUUUCAGACAGACCGGUAUUUUAGUAUCACUUAGUGAGCAAAAUUUGAUUGAUUGUUCUGGUAACUAUGGUAACGAAGGAUGUAAUGGUGGUUUGAUGGAUAAUGCCUUUAAAUACGUCAGAGAUAACAAAGGUCUUGAUACCGAAAAGAGUUACCCAUAUGAAGCAGAGAAUGACAAGUGCAGAUACAAUCCGAGAAAUAGUGGCGCUAUUGAUACCGGUUUCGUAGAUAUUCCAAGAGGAAAUGAGCAUAAGUUAAAGGCUGCAGUUGCCACUAUAGGUCCGGUCUCGGUUGCUAUUGAUGCCUCUCAUGAAUCUUUUCAGCUUUAUAGUGAAGGAGUGUAUUUUGAUCCUGAGUGCGAUUCAGACAAUUUAGAUCAUGGUGUGUUGAUCGUCGGCUAUGGUACAGACUCAAAAACCGGUCAUGAUUAUUGGCUGGGGAAGAAAAGUUACAUCAAAAUGGCCAGAAAUAAGGACAAUCAUUGUGGUAUAGCAAGCAGUGCCAGCUAUCCUCUCGUUUAACUGCCGUUGAUAACUAACUUUUUAGUUGUAAUCUACUAAUUCAGACAUGACAGCUAUGAGAGGCCUAAUAAAGUUUUAUGAAUUUUAGAAUUUUUAUAUCGUUUCUGAUGUAUAUAUGAUUUCUUUAAAAUUUUAAUAUAAUUGAUAAAAUUGACAUCCUCCUACAGCCAGUUUUCCUGUUUUACCGCGCUAUGAUAGGAAUCAGGAGACACGGUAGUAUCUCGGCGCCAAGCCAAGCGCAACGACACUACCAUGAUUGUAAUGACAAAUUUUACAGUUUUCCCAACUUUCUUAGGUCUCUAUACAAAUUAGUUCUUUCGAAUAAAGAGCAAAGAAUAAAGACAAAUGGGAAGAUUGCGAAAAUUGCAAGCUUCGAAAAUGGUGGUUCAUUGUUUAUCGUUUUAACAUGUCUAUUACAUUCAGUAACAAUUAUGUGUUAUCUUAGGAUGUAUAUAUGAUUUCUUUAAAAUUUUAAUAUAAUUGAUAAAAUUGACAUCCUCCUACAGCCAGUUUUUCUGUUUUACUGCGCUAUGAGGAAUCAGGAGACACGAUAGUAUCUCGACACUAAGCCAAGCGCAAUGACACUACCGUGAUUGUAAUUACAAAUUUUACAGUUUUCUCAACUUAGAUCUCUAUACAAAUUAGUUCUUUCGAAUAAAUGAGCGAAGAAUAAAGACAAAUUCGAGAAAAUUGCGAAAAUUGCAAGCUUCGAAAAUAGUGGUUCAUUGUUUAUCGUUUUAACAUGUCUAUUACAUUUAGUGACAAUUAUGUGUUAUCUUAGGAUGUGUUAUCUUAGGAUGUUAUAUUUUAAUUUUUUAUUUUUUGUUCACACAUUUAGAAUGAUACUACUGCCCGGGAUAUUUUCUUAAUGUCUCAAAAUAAAAAUAUAUUAAUGAUAUAUUUUAUGUAAAUUUAACUUUAAUGAUAUACUUCAUGUAAAUUUAACUUUUUACACUAAAUCUACAAAACUAAUAAAUGAAGAUCUAAUUAA